UAUGGGAUUGAAACCUGUUGAUAUACCUAAUUUAAAAGAUUUCGAAGGUGGAAUACCGUGCAAAUCAUCACUUUUGCCUUUAUAUUAUAAGAAUUUAAGAGAGAUAAAGGAUAUCAUGGAAGAAAAUCAUAUAAGAAGAUGCUUUAAACCUUGUCCUAUGCAAACGAAUACAUCUUUCAUUAACGAAGAUGGUCAAGUUGUAAAUAUUUACGAAAGGAAGGAAAAGUGUACAAACUGUCUAGAGUUUGAAUUGGAAAAACCUCCUGUACAACCUAAAAAAAUUCUACGUAUAUCAAAAUUUGCUUAUGAAACUAAAGAAUUAUUUUUAGAAUGUCCAGACGAAGCAUCUGCUGAUGAAGCUGUUAAAUGGGAGAAAAAAGGCAAAAUUAUUGAUUUUAUAAGUAUUAGAAUUGAAACAAGGAAUAGAAUUUCAAUCGAUCAUAUGAAUAGACUUCACUUCCUUAAAUUACAAAUUAAGGAUAUGGAUAAUUACGGGUGUUACGUAAAUGAUGUUCCUAUUGCUGUUAUUACCUUGAGAGUUCAACCAUACAGAUCAAAAGUUGAUAUUUUUUCCAAUCUUAUAACUUUUGAAUUGAGGCCGAUUGGAUGGAACAGUAUCAUGCUUGAAAAUGAAAUAUUCCGCCACAAGAUUGAUUCUCUUAAAGGGUCUAGAGAAAUAUUAAUCAAGAUCGGAUAUAAAGUUAUAGAAGAAGAUGCUUUGAAUUUUAAUGAAGGUCAAUAUAUCGACAAUCAUUUUUUGAGAGUAAUAAUUACAGAUCUCACUAUUGCCAAGUUGGAAAUUUCUUCAUACUUGAACGAAACACACCCCCAGCCUCACACUUUAAUUGAUUGUGGUAUAGGUAUCUAUCUAAAAGAAGAUGCUCUCGAAAAUGACGAUACUUUAUUAACUAACGACGAUUUAAUGGGAGUGAAAGAUGAACAGAUGCUACCCUUAAUAAAAGCUAUUAAUCUAUGCCAUUCCAUGGAUAUAAAUAAAUUGAAAUUCUGUGGUGUAUGUGAAAGCGAGUCAACGUAUAUAUGCUCGAGUUAUCAAUGCCAGUUUACAAAGACUUUUUGUGAUGAAUGUUUAAAAUUAAGACAUUCAAAGAAGUGUCAGGAUCACGAAUAUUAUCCUAUUCAACUUUGCGAAAAAUGUAAAAAAUCUGCAACUUGGAUUUGUUCAGAGAAAAAUUGCUAUAGAACUCUCUGUGAUAAGUGCAAUUAUCUUGUACACAAGGGAACGAAGGAACAUGUUGAUAGGAAAAGAGUUAUUUAUCAUUCAGCCAAUGAGUUAAAAGAUACAUUAGUUACAAAUGACUUAGUCGAGCCAAUAGAUAGUAAUUUGGUUGUCGAAAACAAAAGAGAUGUCAAGGAAUCUGCUUCACCAACGCCAAAUUUUGAAGAACAUUCUUUGUCGAGCCUUGAUGAUGUCAAUGUUUGGUUCUGUCAAUACUGUACAUUCCAGAAUAACCGAGAGUCGCGAAUAUGUGAAAUGUGUCAUAAAACAACUUUACAAAAUUCAUCAGAAACAAAACCCAGUGCUAAUCAGAUUCUUCGACCAGAAGACCUUUUAUACAAUGAAACAUCUAAUGACAUUUCCGGUAAUGAAGUAGAUGUAUACUUUUCAAAACUACAAUCUUUGCAAAGUGUUGAACUCUUUAAAAAAUAUGAAAGAGAGGAAGGAAAACUUAUACUCGCAUUGAAAAGUGAUCGUUAUCGGAAUUUAACUGAAUUUGAAGGUAUCAUUUGUAAUGUUACCAAUUUGAGGAGAAUAUCAUCUACAAGACAAGAUUUUUAUUUUGGACUAAUGUCAUACGAGGAAGCGAUAAAAGCAAUUCAGAAUACUGAAAAUAUCGACGAAGCUAUAGAAUUUUCUUUAUCAAUUCAAAAAGAGAAAAUAGAAAGACUAGAAAAUAUGUUUGCAAUGGAUAAACAAUUGAUCAUAGACUCUCUUAGGUAUGCAGAUGGCAAUGUCGAAAUUACGGAAAAAAAUUUACUUAUCAAAACGAUUAAUUCAAUGAACGAAAACAAAACUAAUAAUGAAUCUGAUUUAAGCAAUAUUUUAAAAUGGAAAAGCAUUGAUAUUAUGAAAUUUAGAAGAGUACUACUCGCAGAAUAUAAUUUAACGGAACUUAAAGUAGAUAUCGUAAUUGAAUUAAUAGAAAGUUACCCACUUGCUGAUGUACUCGAUUCGAUUAAACAAGAAAAUGUUUAUACUGUUGAAGAUGCCAUAAAAUACUUGAAAGUAGUUUGCUCAGUUUGUUUUGUCGAAUUUCCCAUUUCAAAGACAAAUCGUCUCCCUAUAUGCUCUUGUACAAUGUGCAAUUAUUGCAUACAAGAAUGGGUUACACAUUGCACCCUGACAGCUACCGUUGAGCAUUGGAAGUGUCCAUCCUGCAACAAACCUAAUAUGCUAAACGAAACGCCAGAAAAUAUUGAUAUGCAUUUCUACUUUAUGCAAACAUAUGUGAAUAAGGAAGAAGGACAUAUUAAAGAUAAAUGUCACAAAAAAUUAGCCCAAUGGAAACUUUCGCAAUUUGACAACUUCAGAUGGUGUCUUAAGUGCGAAAAUGGUAAUAUACUUGAACCGAAUAAUAAUCCAAAUCAAAGAAAAUUUCAAUGCACCAGUUGUGGAGCGGCACAGUGUUUCUAUUGUAAAAAAGAAUGGAAAUCAGCACAUAAGAAUAUAUCUUGUGAAAAAUAUCUUCAAUGGUUAACUGAAAAUGAUAAAGAAUUUCAAUUGCAAAAAUUGAGCCAUUUCCUAGAAGAAAACGGAAUAAUGUGCCCUUAUUGUAAAAAGCAAUAUUGCCUGGCGAAAGGAGGUUGUUUACAUUUUGUCUGUCCAAAUUGCGGUUUUCAAUUUUGCGCUGGAUGUAAUAGAGAAAUGGCCAGAGAUCGUAAUUGUAAAUAUAAAUUAGAGAGCUGUGAAAGAAAAGGCCUUCAUUGUCAUCAUCCUAGAGAUUGUUUACAUUACCUGAGAGACCUCACCGUAGAACAAUUGAAAGACUUAUUAAAGAGUCAUAAUAUUGAAUAUAAGAAAGAGACGGAGGAGGAGCCAGUUGAACCGUAUAAUAAGUGUAUGGUGUUGGAGCAAAAAGAAUUGGGUACAGCGUAUCGAGACGAAAAUUGCGGUAAGGAAUGCUAUAAAGAUGCCUCCUUAUGCGAAACUCAUUUAAAAGAAUAUCUUGUGGCGAUAAUCAAUAAAAACCAUAUAGAUCCAAUUGAUUAUCAGGAAACACCAAUAUUGAUGACUAUUUUAAGGGAAAACCGUAUAGAUAUACCCAACGGAGACCAUGCAUGUAAUAAUUAUAAGACAUUAAUAAAAGAGAUAGUCAAAGAGAAAAUACCAAUUAUUCAAACAUGA